GGGUGGGAUCUCCAGGCGAUCCAGACGCCUGGCCAUGGCGCCUCAAAGCCGCGCCCAGUCUCCCGCUUGCCAUCCGGUCCUCAGCGCGCGCUCUUGACUUUGCUCACACACUGAGAACUCUGGCGGGUCAGAGGUAGCAGCGGGACGCUGCCUGCGACGAGGACCAUGAGGAGCGCCCAGACCCGCGGGGCCGAUAGUAGCAGCCGCCACGGCACCUGCUGAGAGAGGAGGGAGCGGCCCGGUGCGGCUCGCGCUCGCCUCGCCAUGUCGCUGCUCUGCGUGCGUGUUAAGAGAGCCAAAUUCCAAGGUUCAGCAGAUAAAUUUAACACAUAUGUGACCCUGAAAGUACAGAAUGUGAAGAGCACGACUGUAGCAGUUCGCGGUGACCAGCCUUCCUGGGAACAAGAUUUCAUGUUUGAGAUAAGCCGUCUGGACCUGGGUCUAAGUGUGGAGGUGUGGAACAAAGGGCUGAUCUGGGACACUAUGGUGGGGACCGUGUGGAUCGCACUGAAGACUAUUCGUCAGUCAGAUGAGGAAGGGCCUGGGGAGUGGUCUACCUUAGAGGCAGAGACAUUAAUGAAAGAUGACGAGAUUUGUGGAACUAAAAACCCAACUCCUCAUAAAAUUUUGCUUGAUACAAGAUUUGAGUUGCCAUUUGAUAUCCCAGAGGAAGAAGCCAGAUAUUGGGCUUACAAAUUGGAGCAAAUCAAUGCCUUGGGAGCUGAUGGUGAGUAUUCUAUGCAAGAAGAAAGUCAGAGGAAGCCAUUGUCCACUGCUGCCGCCCAGUGUUGUCACUGGACCUAUUUGGGCUGGGGAGAACAGCAAACUUUUGAAGACCCUGAUAGUGCCGUCGAUGACCGAGACAGUGACUAUCGCAGCGAGACCAGCAACAGCAUCCCACCUCCUUAUCAUACAACUUCCCAGCCCAAUGCUUCUGUGCACCAGUUUUCUGUGCCGGUGCAGUUGCCACAGCAGCUGCUACUUCAGGGAAGUUCCCGGGACUCUUGUAAUGACUCUAUGCAGAGUUAUGACCUUGAUUAUCCAGAGCGGCGGGCCCUCAGCCCCACCAGCAGUAGUAGGUAUGGAUCCUCCUGUAAUGUGAGUCAAGGAAGCUCUCAGCUCAGCGAACUAGAGCAUUAUCAGGAACAAGAUGAUGACCGCCGUGAGCGAGACUCAAUUCAUUCCUGCCACAGCUCUGGAAGCCUCUCCAGAGAUGGGAAGGCUGGUUUUGGAGAACAAGACAAAGCCUUGGAGGCAAGAGGUGAAGCAGCGAAGGGGAGAGCAUGUGAACCCAAGGAGACUACAGAAGAUGUCACAGCCUCUCCUCCCCCAGAUCUGGUGCUACACAAGGACCAUGUUGUAGCCCCCCAGGAGAGUCUUCCUGAGGAGAAUGCAUCGUCACCCUUUACUCAUGCCAGAGCACACUGGAUCCGAGCAGUCACCAAGGUUCGACUCCAGUUGCAGGAGAUUCCAGAUGAUGGCAACCCCUCUUUGCCUCAGUGGCUCCCAGAAGGGCCAGCUGGAGGGCUCUAUGGCAUUGACAGCAUGCCAGAUCUACGCAGGAAGAAGCCACUGCCACUUGUCAGUGAUCUGUCAUUGGUCCAGUCCCGGAAGGCAGGGAUUACUUCAGCAAUGGCUACACGGACUUCUCUCAAGGAUGAAGAGCUGAAAUCUCAUGUGUAUAAGAAAACCCUUCAGGCCUUAAUCUACCCCAUCUCAUGUACCACACCUCACAACUUUGAAGUCUGGACAGCUACUACCCCAACCUACUGCUACGAAUGUGAAGGCUUGCUGUGGGGCAUUGCCAGGCAGGGCAUGCGCUGCAGUGAAUGUGGAGUCAAGUGCCAUGAGAAGUGCCAGGACCUGCUCAAUGCCGACUGCCUGCAGCGGGCUGCGGAAAAGAGCUGUAAACAUGGAGCUGAGGAUCGGACCCAGAACAUUAUUAUGGCUAUGAAGGACCGCAUGAAAAUCCGAGAGCGAAAUAAACCAGAGAUCUUUGAGGUUAUUAGGGAUGUCUUCACAGUGAGCAAAGUUGCACACGUGCAGCAGAUGAAAACAGUGAAGCAGAGUGUACUAGACGGCACCUCUAAAUGGUCGGCCAAGAUCACCAUCACUGUGGUGUGUGCCCAGGGCCUGCAAGCCAAGGACAAAACAGGAUCCAGUGACCCUUAUGUGACUGUGCAAGUCGGCAAAACCAAGAAGCGUACCAAGACCAUUUUUGGAAACUUAAAUCCUGUUUGGGAGGAGAAGUUCCAUUUUGAAUGCCACAACUCCUCUGACCGUAUUAAGGUACGCGUGUGGGAUGAGGAUGAUGACAUCAAAUCAAGAGUAAAGCAGCGACUGAAGCGAGAGUCUGAUGAUUUCCUUGGCCAAACCAUCAUCGAGGUUCGAACGCUGAGUGGAGAGAUGGAUGUCUGGUACAACUUGGAGAAGAGGACAGACAAGUCAGCUGUCUCUGGGGCUAUCCGACUGCAGAUCAGUGUGGAGAUCAAGGGGGAGGAGAAGGUGGCCCCAUACCAUGUGCAGUAUACAUGUCUCCAUGAGAACCUUUUCCAUUACCUCACAGACAUUCAGGGCAGUGGAGGAGUCCAGAUCCCUGAGGCCCGAGGAGAUGAUGCAUGGAAGGUGUACUUCGAUGAGACGGCCCAAGAAAUUGUGGAUGAAUUUGCCAUGCGCUAUGGCAUUGAGUCCAUAUAUCAGGCCAUGACACACUUUGCCUGUUUGUCAUCCAAGUACAUGUGUCCUGGUGUGCCAGCAGUGAUGAGCACCUUAUUGGCCAACAUCAAUGCCUACUACGCUCAUACAACCGCCUCCACUAACGUCUCUGCAUCUGAUCGCUUUGCAGCCUCCAACUUUGGGAAAGAGAGAUUUGUAAAACUGCUGGACCAGCUACACAACUCAUUGAGGAUUGAUCUCUCUACAUAUAGGAAUAAUUUCCCUGCUGGGAGCCCUGAGAGACUUCAGGAUUUAAAAUCCACAGUGGAUUUGCUGACCAGCAUUACUUUCUUCAGAAUGAAGGUACAAGAACUGCAGAGUCCACCAAGAGCCAGCCAGGUGGUAAAGGAUUGUGUGAAGGCCUGUUUGAACUCUACCUAUGAGUAUAUCUUCAACAACUGCCAUGACUUAUACAGCCGCCAGUACCAGCUGAAGCAGGAGCUACCUCCAGAUGAACAAGGGCCCAGCAUUCGGAACCUGGAUUUCUGGCCCAAGCUCAUCACGCUCAUUGUGUCAAUCAUAGAGGAAGAUAAGAAUUCCUAUACCCCUGUGCUGAACCAGUUUCCUCAGGAGUUGAAUGUGGGAAAAGUCAGUGCAGAAGUCAUGUGGCAUUUGUUUGCCCAAGAUAUGAAAUAUGCAUUGGAGGAGCAUGAAAAAGACCGGCUGUGUAAGAGUGCUGACUACAUGAAUCUGCACUUCAAGGUGAAGUGGCUCCACAAUGAAUACGUGCAGGAUCUGCCUGCCAUCCAGGGGCAGGUCCCAGAGUACCCAGCGUGGUUUGAGCAGUUUGUGCUACAGUGGUUAGAUGAAAAUGAGGAUGUGUCCCUGGAAUUCCUACGUGGGGCCCUGGAACGAGAUAAAAAGGAUGGGUUUCAGCAGACAUCAGAGCAUGCACUCUUUUCCUGCUCUGUGGUGGAUGUCUUCACACAGCUCAACCAGAGUUUUGAAAUCAUUCGGAAGCUAGAAUGCCCAGACCCCAACAUCCUUGCCCACUACAUGAGGAGAUUUGCUAAGACCAUCGGGAAGGUGCUGAUGCAGUAUGCAGACAUCUUAUCAAAGAACUUUCCAGCUUACUGCACAAAGGAGAAACUGCCUUGCAUCCUGAUGAACAAUAUGCAGCAACUGAGGGUCCAGCUGGAGAAGAUGUUUGAAGCCAUGGGAGGCAAGGAGCUGGAUCCUGAAGCUGCAGACAGUCUGAAAGAGCUGCAGGUGAAACUGAAUGCAGUUCUGGAUGAGCUCAGCAUGGUGUUUGGAAACAGCUUCCAGGUGCGGAUUGAUGAAUGUGUUCGGCAAAUGGCUGAGAUCCUGGGCCAAGUUCGGGGCACAGGAAAUGCAUCCCCCAACGCCAAGGCCUCAGUGGCUCAGGAUGCAGAUAGUGUGCUGCGGCCUCUCAUGGACUUCCUUGAUGGCAACCUCACACUCUUUGCCACUGUGUGUGAGAAGACAGUUCUGAAGCGAGUCCUAAAGGAGCUCUGGCGGGUGGUAAUGAACACAAUGGAGAGAAUGAUUGUCCUGCCUCCGCUCACUGACCAGACGGGCACCCAGCUGAUCUUCACCGCUGCCAAGGAGCUGAGCCAGCUUUCCAAGCUCAAGGACCACAUGGUGCGAGAGGAAACACGGAAUCUCACUCCAAAGCAGUGUGCAGUCCUCGACCUUGCUCUGGAUACUAUCAAGCAAUACUUCCAUGCAGGAGGCAAUGGGCUAAAGAAAACCUUCCUAGAGAAGAGUCCAGAUCUGCAGUCCUUGCGCUAUGCCCUGUCUCUGUACACACAGACCACAGACACUCUCAUCAAGACCUUUGUGCGCUCACAGACUGCCCAGGGGUCUGGUGUGGACGAUCCUGUGGGAGAAGUGUCUAUUCAGGUGGACUUGUUUACACACCCUGGUACUGGGGAACACAAGGUCACAGUGAAAGUUGUGGCUGCCAAUGAUCUCAAGUGGCAGACAGCAGGUAUGUUCCGGCCUUUUGUGGAAGUGACCAUGGUUGGCCCACACCAAAGUGAUAAGAAGAGGAAGUUCACAACCAAGUCCAAAAGCAACAACUGGGCUCCCAAAUACAAUGAGACAUUCCACUUCCUUCUAGGAAAUGAAGAAGGUCCCGAGACCUAUGAGUUACAGAUUUGUGUGAAGGAUUACUGCUUUGCCCGGGAAGAUCGCGUGCUAGGGCUGGCAGUGAUGCCUCUAAGGGAUGUCGCAGCCAAGGGCAGCUGUGCCUGCUGGUGUCCCUUGGGCCGGAAGAUCCACAUGGAUGAGACAGGCAUGACCAUUCUCCGGAUUCUGUCUCAAAGGAGCAAUGAUGAGGUCGCCCGAGAGUUUGUGAAACUCAAAUCAGAGUCUCGUUCCACAGAAGAGGGGAGCUGAACAUCUCUGAUUCAUGUGCCAAUGGAGUGGCACUGAUUGCAUAAAUCAGAGCUAAUGAGAAUUAGCUGUUUAGCCAACUUAGGGUCUUUAUAGUCAAGAGAUUGACCCCUUCAGUUAAGGAUAUUUAAGGGAAAUUUGGGAGGUAGCUAAGAGCAUGGCUUUUCACAGAAAGGACCAUGAAUCCCUAACCAACAGGUCUAUGGUAUUAGGAGCUAGAUUGUGGGACGUACCACAUGGAAGGAAUUUCAAAAAAGGGAGAGGGACAGACAUUUCAGAGUGUCAGCCAUUUUGGCAGACACACCUCCACAUCCCUUACAAUCUUUACCCUAUUCAAGCCACACCAUACCCAGUUAGACACACACCAAUCACUAGGAGAACAAGUGUAGAAAGCCCUGAGCUUGUACCUGACUGGCUAGAUAGUGGAUUUGCUGAACCUGGCGAUGUACAUUGGAGAAUAGCCAGGGCAAAACCAAAUAGAAUAGAAUUCACUGUCCCUUGAGCAGCAUCCCCUGAUUUUAUGUGGCUCCAAAGAGAACAAGUCUUUGAAACUGAACAAGCUACUUUCUGAAAUCAAGCUGUGCUAAUCCCUUCCCUCAGGUUAUAUCUAUCAUGGGUAAAACCAAUUUCAUGUGGUGCUUCAGAGCUCUGAGCAGAAUAUUUCUUUGGAACCCAGAAUCUGCCUAGAAUCUCCCUACUUCAUUCCUUAGGCAGGGGACUAGUGCUUAGAACACUAAAGACUGUUCUUACAUGUGUAACCGAGGGCUAGAUUGAAGUCCCAGGAAUAUUUUCUUCUUGGGCAGGCCCUGAACAAAUCCAAAAAUUAUGGAACUAGUCUAGAGUCAUGCUCACCUAUGACCACUGCCUUCUGGCUGUCGUCCUUGUGGAAAAAAAUCAGCCUUUUUCUUUUCUUCCUGUCAUCUGGAUCAGCGCUGAUCCCUUCAUAGAUGUUCUACCCUACAGAAGGAGCUUGGACUCUGAUCCUCCUGUACAGACUGGAUGGAAGGGAUGGGGCUCAACACUUCCUGGGCUCAACACUUCCUGGGAGUGACGAACUGGGCCUCUCAGACCUUCACUCAGAUGUGACACGGUCCUUGGAUUUCCUUGAUGACAGCCUCCUAAACUUCCUGAGGAUGCAGCAUCAUUCACAGUUGUACUGGCCAAUAUAUGAAACAAGAACCAAGCAUCUUUGCUGUUUUUAACUGUUGUAUGUGCCAUUGUUACAAGAGAUAAUAGGCUAGUCUGUAAUAAAUUACCUUCCAG